GCCCUUGAACUUCCAAAUCAUGAUGACCAUACCGUGGAUCAAGGUGAAAUACUUUUCUAUUAAUAAAGCUUGACCGGAGAAUUCUUAAUGUUGAAUUUCGACGCAUGUUCUGCGAACGGAGCCCAUCACUGUAAUCAGAGACAGAUAAAGCGAAUUCGUCAAUUCCAGGGUUUUUCGAGAUCGAGGAUGACCCCUAGAUUCUGAAUAUUCUCGGAAUCGGGUCCAGGAAUUUCUGAUGGACAGUUCGAGUGAUGGCGAAGGGGAUUUCGAUGGAAGAAACGAAGGGGGUUCGCCUUCGGAUUACAGAUUGCUGGGUCGGCAAGUUACGGUUCAUCAGUUCAUGGGCGGUGGCAAAGCUGCUGACUUGCUCUUAUGGAGGAAAGGCCAUCUUUCUCUCGGCGUCAUCGUUCUAUCAACAGUAGCAUGGCUUAUAUUUGAGCUUUCGGGAUUGCCCGUCUUAUCCGUUUGUUCAGAUGUCCUUCUGAUCUUGGUCAUCGUAUCAUUUAUUCAUUCCCGAAUUGCCGCUUUUAGGAAUAACAGACAGCCAAAGUCAUUACCAGAGCUUGUUCUAUCGGAGGAGAUGGUUAACAGUGCUGCUGCAUCAUUUCGUGUUAAGCUCAAUAACUCGCUCCUCAUGGCUCACAACAUUACAGUCGGCAACGAUUUCAAACUCUUCUUCAAGGUGGUGAUUUUGCUGUGGCUUCUUUCCGUCGUCGGUAGCUAUAUUUCGUUCUUCACGCUGGCUUAUAUCGGUAUCUUUUCUGAUCGUAACCUUACCCGUUAUGCUGAUGAUAUUGCAGGGACGAUUGUAUCCGUGACCGUACCGGUGAUGUACAGCAGGUACCAGAAGGAGGUGGAUAAAUGCUGCGGGAUGAUCCACCGGAAAUUCUCUCGGCACUACAAAGUAGUGGACGAAAAUGUCAUAAGCAGGCUCCAAUGGACAUUGUCCAACGACAAAGAGUUUUAAUCCAUGGAUGCCCUGCCCUGUCUUUCUCCGACCAAAGCCUGUUUCGUAAGCCGUACGUAGUAUCGUUAAUUAGAUGUAAGAUGUUUUCGAUAUCUAAUCAUGUUUCGGUUUCUUGUUUAUAUAAGUGUGGAUAUCCAAAAAAGGGUCGGGCUAGAGCCUUUGCCAGUAACGGUAUUAUCGGCUCUUGUUUAAUAAAAUUUUAGAUGAUUACGAGCUUCGGUCUCCUUUUUUUUUUUUUAACCGAAUGUCCUAAACAAAUAUGUAUACUAAUCUUGGUAUUGGAAUCAUUUGUAUGA